UGGAAAUUUAUAUUGUUUUUUGUAUUUUCUAGGAAAUUUUAUGCAGCCUAUGGAUCUGGUCAAAAAGCUUUUGAUCUCUUCAAUCCAAACUUCAAGUCUACCUGUCAACAGUUUGUGGAGAAGUACCUUGAGCUACAGAAUCUUGGAGAAACAGAUGAAGAGAAGCUGUUUGUAGAAACAGGGAAAGCUUUAUUGGCAGAAGGUGUCAUUUUAAGACGAGUGAGGGAAGCAAGGAUGCAGCAGGAAGGUGAUCACAUUUCCUGGAAAUCUGAACUCAGGGCUAUGAAACCACAAACUGUGUUUGGAAAAAACCAGCCUCUGAAAGAAGUUCCACAGAAUCAGCGUUUGGAGGCACCUGAAGAACAGUCGAAAGGUCUUUCUCCUACCUGAAGAACUUGUAUACUGACAUCUGACUGUAUUCACUAGAUGAACGUUGAGCUAUUUUUAACAGUUGAACUGUGUAAAUGUUUCUAGAUCUCUAAGGCAUUAUAUUUGCUGCCUUUUAGAUCCUACUUCUAGGUUGUGAUAAAGCUUAGUAUUGUGAUUUGAAAGAAGCAGUUAUGUGAACUUUGUGUUAGAAAGGUAUUAAGUAAAGAAUUCCCUAGUUGCUUAGAAAGCAAAUUUACUUUAAAAUUGUAAAUAGCAUGAGGAAACCUUUGUAAGUGUUGUUUGAAGGGACUCAUUCUGAGUAGCUUUGCUUAGAUUUUUGUGUUAACAUGUGGACUGGCUACA